CAGCUCCCAAAAGCUGCCUCCAGAACCGUCUGCUCUUCCACCUGGCUCACAAGUUUAAUGAUGAAAAGAAGUUGAUGAACUUCCAUCAGAAUCUUCAGGAUAUCACAGAAGACCAACUCAGUCUGGCCUCCAUCCACUACAUGAGGUCUCACUACCAGGAAGCCAUCGACAUCUACAAGCGCAUUCUGCUGGAUAACAGGGUGUACCUUGCCCUCAAUGUCUACGUGGCCCUCUGCUACUACAAGCUGGACUACUACGACGUGUCUCAGGAAGUCCUGGCCGUUUACCUGCAACAGAUUCCUGAUAGCACCAUCGCCCUCAACCUGAAGGCCUGUAAUCAUUUUCGCCUUUACAACGGCAAAGCAGCGGAGGCAGAACUCAAAAGCUUGAUGGACAACGCCUCUUCCUCCUUUGAAUUUGCCAAAGAACUCAUUAAGCACAAUCUGGUGGUGUUCCGGGGAGGUGAAGGGGCUCUGCAAGUGUUGCCCCCGCUGGUUGAUGUCAUCCCUGAAGCGAGGCUAAACCUGGUGAUUUAUUACCUUUGCCAAGAUGAUGUCCAAGAAGCUUAUCACUUAAUUAAGGACCUGGAACCCACGACUCCCCAGGAGUAUAUCCUCAAAGGAGUGGUCAACGCAGCCCUUGGCCAGGAAAUGGGCUCGAGGGAUCAUAUGAAAAUCGCCCAGCAGUUCUUCAAGCUGGUAGGCGGCUCGGCUAGUGAAUGUGACACGAUCCCGGGACGGCAGUGCAUGGCCUCCUGCUUCUUCCUGCUGAAGCAGUUUGACGACGUCUUGAUCUACCUCAACUCCUUUAAGAGUCACUUCUACAACGACGACAUCUUUAACUUCAAUUAUGCACAAGCUAAAGCCGCGACGGGCAAUACCAGGGAGGGUGAGGAGGUGUUCCUCCUGAUCCAGAAUGAGAAGAUGAAAAACGACUACAUCUACCUCAGCUGGCUAGCGCGGUGCUAUGUCAUGAACAAGAAGCCCAGGCUGGCCUGGGAACUCUACCUGAAGAUGGAGACCUCGGGCGAGUCCUUCAGCCUCUUACAGCUCAUUGCUAAUGACUGCUACAAGAUGGGCCAGUUCUACUACUCAGCCAAGGCCUUUGAUGUCCUCGAGAGGCUGGACCCCAACCCCGAGUACUGGGAAGGCAAGCGAGGGGCCUGCGUGGGCAUCUUCCAGAUGAUCCUCGCCGGCCGAGAGCCCAAAGAGACCCUCCGGGAGGUGCUACACUUGCUGAGGAGCACGGGGAACACGCAGGUGGAGUAUAUCAUCCGCAUCAUGAAGAAGUGGGCCAAAGAGAACCGCGUGCCCAUUUGAGGCCACCGGCCGGCCAGGCACCAGGCUCACAGGGCUACAGCGUUGGGAAGCACUUGGACGGUGAGAGGUGGGGCAUGGCUUUCCAGAGCGAGCAGUGUGUUCAGGCCGGCGGCCCGCUGCACCACCAGCCCUGGUGGCCCGACCAGCAAUAGGACCUUGGCCUUCUAGGUGCCUGCCUUCCAUACGCGCUCCUAGCGUGGGACGUCCGUGCUGCGAGAACAGCACCUCCUAGCUGCAAUAACAAAUGUCCCAAGCCUCCAGUCACCCCAUCGUCUCAUUUUCCGCCAUCUCUGGGUGUUGUCCUGGCUCUUGGGGGGAUCCCACCAAGGGUUUUGUAAGGCACCUCUGAAGCCCAGGGAACCGGGGAACAGAGGCUGCCCGCAGCUCUCUCUGGUUGGGCAGCCUAUGUACAGGAGGUAAGUCCCGUAUCAGUGCUCGGCCAUCGACAGAUACUGAGUUUCCAGGACUCCUCUCAGCGAGGGAGCUCUGGUGGUAAUGACACUACCUGACACGGUACAGAGGGCGAGGGCUGCAGUCCUUGCAGGGGAAGUCUAUGAAAACCAGCUGUGCCACCUGGGAGCCACAGGCAUUCAGGAACAAGCAGACACAGCUCCUUCGACCCUGCUCCCUGUGUGGUAGGUAACAAAACAGAUGCAUCUUGCUGAACCAACUUGAGUUCAGGGAGCCGGGCGACAGUGUUGGGGCCCGUUGGUGUGGUGGCAAGGCAUGGACACCCUGGUUCAGUGUCUCAGCUCUCACAGCACAAACUUUCGCUAACCCAGAGCAUUCUGAGCUCGGCAGUUAUAUGCAGAAGCAGAGCCCCAGGCCCCUAUGCAGCAGGCCACUUGCCUUCUAUUGACUUGUGGUUAUUAGUUCAAGGGACUCAGAUGGGACAGGUCUCCAGCAGGGCGAGCCACCUCUCCCUAGCCAAGAAGGACAGUGGGAGAGAUGCAGCGUGCUGGUCAUUCCUAGUGCACUGUCCCCCGCCCCCACUGUAGACAGAGUAGCUGUGUGGAACGGAGACAGGACAGGACAGGGCAAGGGUGGAAAAAACUAGGGAGAGAAGAUCAAGGGUCUAGAGAUGGGCCUGGGUCUGUCGACAGCAGCAGGGGGCCUGGCACCUCCACUCGGGAGACAGCCAGCUUCCUGCCUCUUCAGUCGGACCCCACCUGCUCAGCCCCAUCAACAUAUCCUGCUAUCUGAAGUCUAGAGAGCAUUGCUACAUGACAGUCCUGUGCCAGCGCCCUGUGUGCCCAUCGGCUGUGCCCACAAUCGUCUCGGCAUUGAGGUGUCAGGUGGGUCAGACAGCGGGACCUGCUGAAUCAUUCUUGCGACAAAGGCCAUGCUGGGGAAGACGGAGGUGGACCCCGGUGGGGAGGUGCGUCCCCCAGUGACUUCUAGCCCUUUUAGAUGUCCCCUGCAGAGCCAGCAGCUCCAGUACAUGGGGGCUUCCGUCCAUUGGGCUCUGGUUGGACUGAACCUCAUCUCUUGCAUACAAAUGGAUAUUCCAAACACCGCAACUCCAAGAAUUGUGAACCCUUGUAACAAGCCUUUUUCAGCCUACUGCAUGGAGCCCAACCCACCAGGACCCACAUAAGGGGAGGUAGCACCAUCUUGUGAUUGAGCCUGGCUGCUUCUGAAGUGUCCACCCAGGGCCUCGCUCCUGCUGCUGGUCUUGCCUGUGCUGACAGGAGGGAGAAACUGAGGACGAUCCUGGUUUAGGGUGCCGUGGACCGUGCAGUUCAGAGCAUCAGUGUGUCAUGGCUAGACUGCAGUACACACGACUUGCAGGUGGGAAUAAAAAUGCCUUUUACAGUUACUUUUGUAUUUCAGAAGGAUGCAUUCCCCUGUAAUGUCUUCAAAUUAAAGUUUUUUUACUUGG